AUGAGGAGCAGACCCAUGAUGGACCAACCUAUGUGGACUAGACACAUGCGGACCAGACCCUGUGACCAGACCCAUGAAGGAUCAGACAAGGACUUUACUAUGGCAAUCUUGUUUCCGCUGACAAGGACCUCCGUCCAGCUGCAAAACCUCCUCUUCUCCUUCCCUCCUCUCUGUGUCCUCCUCCACACUCACCUCCUCAGGCCUGUCUCCUCUCCGUGUCCUCCUCCACACUCACCUCCUCAGCCUGUUCUCCUCUCUGUGUCUCUCCACACUCACCUCCUCAGCCUGUUCACCUCUCUUUCUCCUCCACACUCACCUCCUCACCUGUUCUCCACUCUGUGGACCUCCUCCACACUCACCUCCUCAGCCUGUUUCUCCGUCUCUGUGUCUCCUCCACACUCACCUCCUCACCUGUUUCUCACCCUCUGUGUCUCCUCCACACUCACCUCUCACCUGUUGUCCCCUCUCUGUGUCUCCUCCACACUCACCUCCUCAGCCUGUUCUCCUCUCUGUGUCCACCUCCACAACUCACCUCCUCACCUGUUCUCCUCUCUGUUGUCCUCCACACUCACCUCCUCAGCCUGGUCUCCUCUCUUUGUCUCCUCCACACUCACCUCCUCAGCCUGUUCUCCUCUCUGUCCCACUUCAUCUGAGUCCCUCCUUCCUUAA